GCGCUCUGGAAACAUGUGCGGCAGAUUUGCGUUAUCAUUGAGCCGCGAGAAUCUGGAGAUCAAUCUGAGAGAAGUCCAAUUACAAGUUCAAGAAUGGUUAGAUGAGGACCAGUAUCGUCCUAACUACAAUGUGGCACCGAAAACGAGGGCAGCUACGAUCCGUCGAAGCAAUCCUAAUGACGCGACACUGGCUAUGGAUUGGAUGCAAUGGGGACUGGUUCCGCAUUGGGCAGAAGCUCCGCCGACUCACGGGAAUCUCAUGAACACGAUCAAUGCCAGAGACGACAAGGUACUCGAGAGCAAAGGCUUGUGGAGCAGUGUCAAAUCAAAGAAACGCUGCAUAGUCAUUUGUGAAGGAUUUUAUGAAUGGUUGACCAAAAACAAAGAGAAGACACCUUACUUUACUAAACGGAAGGAUGGACGACUGAUGUGCUUAGCCGGCUUAUGGGAUUCAGUGCAAUUCAAGGGUGAAGAUAAACCGCUUCAUACCUUCACCAUAAUCACCACGAGUUCAAACUCAUACUUAUCAUUUCUGCAUGAUCGAAUGCCCGUGAUUCUUCCAAGCGUGAAAGAAAUGGAACAAUGGCUAGAUACUUCUGAUCAGUCAUGGUCCAGUGGCUUGGCUGGUUUGUUGAAGCCGUUUGAGGAACCGGAUGGAUUGGUCUCUUAUGCCGUUCCCAAAGAAGUCGGAAAAGUUGGGAACCAAAGCGCAGAUUUCAUCAAGCCUGUCUCCGAAAGAAAAGGUAACAUCGCUUCGUUUUUUGGGAAACCAAAAGUAGUCGACAAGGUUUCCCUCAAACCCAACGUGGAUGAACCAAAGCCUGUUUGUUCAGGUAGUACCAAAAGUGAUUCUCAAGCAGAUGAGUUGCUUCGCGACGUGGAUGUCAAAGUUUCGAGCCAUGCAAAGAGGUCAAAUGACUCGUCAAAGUCUGAUGAAACACUGUUACUGGAACCGGACACCAAAAAGAUCAAAGUCUCUUCUGAUGAUCCCGAUUUCGACAAUACGAAUACAAAGUAGAAUCUCACCCAUCGAUGUGUACUGUGUAAUAUCGCAAUUAUCGUUCUGUUUUGUUUUGAAAAUGUGUUUUAUUGUGAUUGUACAAAGG